UCUGCCUCCCCCCACUGAAAACAUGCAUAUAUAAGUAGUGAAGGAGAAAUUUCCCUUGCUUCCUGGCUGUCAUUCAUUCUCUGCUUUUCCCUGGGGACCACAUAGCAUCCCUCCAAGAUGUGGGCAAAGACGAUUACAGGAAACUUUGCCAACGUGAUUCAUGGUUUGAAUAAAAACCACCUGACAGAUAUGGUCAUUCAUAGAAGCAAGCGAAUGAUUCUGGAUACCUUUGGAGUAGGACUUCUGGGUACCAGCACCGAGGUCUGCCAGAAAGUCAAACAGUACAGCAAGAUCUACAGCUCAGAUAUAUCCAGCACCAUCUGGGGCCACUUCGAUUUCCGACUGCCUCCUCUGUAUGCAGCUUUUGUGAAUGGAGUGGCUGUGCACUCAAUGGAUUUUGAUGACACAUGGCAUCCUGCCACGCAUCCAUCUGGGGCCGUGCUCCCUGCUGUGAUGGCUCUCUCUGAGGCCUUUCCUCAGAAGAAAAAAAUCUCAGGUCUUGACCUGCUCUUAGCUUUCAAUGUAGGAAUUGAGGUGCAAGGCAGGUUGUUACGCUUUUCCAGUGAAGCCAGGAAUAUUCCCAAAAGGUUUCACCCACCAACAGUAGUUGGUACAAUGGGGAGUGCAGCAGCUUGCGCAAAACUGUUAGCUCUUAACCAGAUGAAAUGUAAAAACACCUUGGCUAUUGCUGCUUCCUAUGCAGGUGCCCCACUAGCUAACGCAGCAACUCAAACAAAGCCCCUGCACAUUGGCAAUGCUGCCAAACAUGGCCUGGAAGCGGCUUGCUUAGCAUCACAGGGUCUUCAAGGAAACAAUCAGAUCUUGGACAUGGAGUCAGGGAUAGGUGCCUUUUAUACAGAUUACAACCCACAGACUCUGCCAAACUUGCAGUCCUAUCCCUGGCUGUUGGACCAGCAAGAUGUGGCUAUCAAACGCUUUCCUGCUCAUCUUGGAACGCACUGGGUGGCUGAUGCAGCAUCUUCUGUAAGGAGGAAGCUUGUUGAAAACAGUGACAUAUCACUUAUCCUUGAUAAAAUUGAGAAAGUUAUUGUAAAAGUCCCAGAGGUCAAAUACGUGAACAGACCCAGCCCUAAUUCAGAACACGAAGCUCGACACUCCUUUCAGUUUGUUGCCUGCUCUGCUUUGCUGGAUGGCAGCAUGUCCAUCCAGUCCUUUGCCAGUGAGAGCAUUCACCGGCCAGCCUUACAGGAGCUCCUUUGCAAAACACAGCUUGUGCACCCUUCUGAUAACAAACCCAGCUUUGAGAGUCUUUAUUGCGAAGUGACUGUUGUGCUUUGGGAUGGCAAUGCAAUUAGUGACCGCUGCAACACGUUCUACGGACACUGGAGGAAACCUCUGACAAAGCAAGACCUGGAGAAAAAAUUUCAGUUCAACGCUUCUGAAGUCCUUCCUGCAGAAGCCAUAGAAGGCAUUAUAGAGACUGUGUACAAUCUGGAAAAAGUAGAGGACUGUUCUGUAUUAAACAUGUUUUUGUCAGGACAGUCAGCUAGAGUAUUUCCAGAGAAGCUGCACUUCACACAUUCCAACUCAUAAAGCAAACAAAAUUCAGGAAAAGCUCUUAUUUAAUGACCAAAGACCAAGUAAAUGAUUUAGAGAUAGCACGCACAGUUCAGUCAGAAGGCUUGAAGAUUACUUCAGCUAUUUUUAUAUGUUUAUACCGCUAAAGGUAUAAAGGUAAAUGCCAGCAUGCUGCACAAAAAAAAUUCCUUCCUCUUCUGACAAAAAAAGUCUGCAUGUUCUGCUUCUACUUAAUCACUUCAUGAAGGAAAUACAAAUUCAUGGAAAUGCUACUGUGAGAAAUACCAC